UUUAGUGUAUAAGCGGUCGCUGAAAGGGGGCGCCUGUUACAAUGAUUGUGGAGAUUAUAAUACUAUCGAUAGCAUGUGGGCUUGCACACAGUUCGGGAGUACACGACGUUCACCCUGUGGCAGCAGUUGACUCCUCUCCAGUAGUGACUGCAGCCAGCUCUCAGUACUUCGAGAGGGUAUUCAACAGAUUGGUACAGGCAGCCCCAGUAUUUGAACCAUUACCGUUCCUACCAGCCCCUCAACCAGCUCACCCAGUGGUUCCCGCAGCUCAACCACCGCCAGUAGUUGUAGAGGCUACAAGAACAACAGUGCUUCCUGCUCCAGCAAUUCCUCCGCAAAAUGGAGCGAACCCAAACAUUGCCAUAGCAAUCGCUACGGCUCAUGCGGCACCAGUUGCCACUAUUCUAUUGCCUCCUUACCCGUUUGGACUUCCACCAGCAUUUGUGCUACCACAGCCAGCAAACGACUUCCCGACAGAAAACCCGAACAGAGAGUCGACGACACCAAAACCGACGUUACCUCAGCCAACAGUGAAAUCCACUCAAGAACCAGAAGUAACAACAGCACUGCCAUCCAACAUUGACAAUGGCUUCAUUCAAGCGCUUCCUUCAGCUCAGAAUAUCAACUUCAGACAGUACCAAGUGCCACCUCAACAACUACCAGUUAAAAAGCCGCAGAAAAUAAAAACAAACAUUGAAAUAGUUCCAGUUCCUCUGACAUACAUCGCACCGCCUCCGCUUAAUCUUCAACACCAUCACCACGAUGCUCAUCAUCACAGCUCACUAAAAGCCAUUCCACAUUUCCACACCUUCAUACCAAAAACAAAAAUUAUCAUCCGGCCAGUGUCGGCGCGUCUCAAGAUACGCACUAUAACAGUCCCUGCUGGUUUGAUAAAAUACAAAGUUCCUUCAAAAUUAAAAUAUAGCUCAAGAAAAAGCCUUCAAACAUCGUUAAGAAGUCCUAGAGAUCCUGAACCAACAACUUUUAGACCAUUUAAUAGACCAUUCACGCAGCCACCUAGAUUAUAAUUUAUUUUAUUUAAUAGAAAAUAUACACUUGUUAAUAUGCACACUGUAACUGCGGAUGUAAAUACAAUAAUUUAUAUUUUUUUAA